GGAAUAUUGACGCGAAGAAGUGAUCGGCGAGGAGGAACAUUACAAAUCUCACGCACACAUCAUCACUACAAUCAAUUAUAACCAUGCUUAAAGUGUGGAGUUUAAAGAAAGAUGAAGAAACGGCAAAGAAGAAGAAGCCAAAGACCAGCCCGGCUCAAUUGAGAGUGCAGAAAGAUUUAACCGAAAUGGAACUACCAAACACAAUGAAAACAGACUUUCCAGACCCAGCGGACGUUCUAAAUUUCAAUUUGACAAUCGAACCGGACGAAGGAAUGUACAAAGCAGGAUCGUUUAAAUUCACAUUUGCAGUAAACAACAAUUAUCCACAUGAACCGCCAAAGGUGAAAUGCGUUCAAAAGAUAUAUCAUCCUAACGUAGAUUUGGAGGGAAACGUUUGCUUGAAUAUUUUGCGAGAGGAUUGGAAACCGGUCUUGAACUUGAAUUCGAUCAUGGUCGGACUACAGUAUUUGUUCCUAGAACCAAAUGCUGAUGAUCCAUUGAACAAAGAGGCUGCUGAUGAUCUUCGGAAAGAUCGCACACAGUUCGUUAACAAUGUAAAGCGAAGCCUGGGUGGCGGUGCAGUAAGAGGUGUAACAUACGAUCGUGUUACGAAAUAGAAUAUACGUGUCUAGUUCAUAAACGGAUGAUGUGGUGGUAUCUGUGGAAGAUGCACGGAAGUAGUGGUUGAUAUGAUGCGAUUUGUGCCAAUCUUCACCGCAAAGAAUGGCUUU